AUGGAGAAAAAUAAAGUAUGUUUGAAUAAUUUUAAUAUAAAUGAUAGUAAUAUUUGUUAUGGAUAUAUAGAUUCAUUUCAUGAAUGGGAGGAAACUGUCAGAAAGAGUGCAAAUGAUAAGGAUGAUCAAUACAAAGGUCGUUGUUCUAGUGUAAAAACUCAUAACUCCAAUGAUGCGACUUUAUUUAACGAAGAUGUAUGCAAAAAAACUAUGUUAUUUUUUAGAGAAAUACGUAGCACAAAUGAAAAAAAAGCAGAAAUCAUUGGCUGUAAACACUUAUUUUAUUGGUUAUAUAAAAAAACUAUGAAUCCAGGAGGUAAUUAUGAACUUACAAAAAGAGCUUAUGAUGCAUUUAAAAAAAUAUAUAAGGAUUAUACAGAAGAUGUAUGCACAAAUCGGGAAAUAGAUAUUUGUGAGAACGAAAUGAAAAAGGUUGAUCACAUGUAUGAUAUUUAUAAUUGUCUCUAUGAAAUAGAACAUGAAGGUGGAUGCAAAGACAAUACUAAAAAUUGUAUAUCAAAAUUCAAAUUAUUACGUGGUAAUUAUGAGCAUUAUUGUAAAUCUAAUAGAAAUGACGACUUAUGUGAAGAAAUAAUAUUGUAUACUAAUAAGUUUAAAGAAAAAGUAGAAAACUUAAAUUGUGGUAAUAGUAUAUAUCAGAUGAUAUUUUCUUACCUAAUGGAUGAUAAGAGACGUCAUAUUGUAUAUGCUAUAUUCGCAGGAUUACUAAUAUCCCUUCUUUUGAUUCAUUUUUUUAUGUUUAAUCCAUUGGGUAAACACUUAUUGCGUGAACUAAAGAAAGAAAUAAAUGAGUUCUAUGAUGAAGAUGAUGAAUGGGAUAUAUAUGAACUAUCUGAUAUGAACCGUAGUGCAUCAACAGAUAGUGUAUAUAAUAUACUAUAUGACUCUACUAAUUACACGAAUGAAUAUGGAAUUUGA